AUGGGUAAUAUGCUGUGUGCCAAAAAAGAGGAUGACACAUGGAAACAGCAGAACAAGCAAAUGCAGAAAAAUCCUGCCUACAAAUUUGCCAACUUGGCAAAGGGAGGUAGUCUAAUUGAUGCGUACAGAAAGCACGGCCCAUUGAAAGUCAGAGAGAUUGCUGAGAAUGAGCUGUCCAGUUUCUUCUACAAUAAACAAGGCAAAUGCCAUCGCAUUACAAAAAGUGAAUAUCUGCGAUUUAAAUGGAAAUGUGCUCGGCGAAGGGAGGUAAGUCAGUUGUUCAAUUGUCAUGUUCAUUUUGUGUGUGUUGUAAAACGGCAUGUAUUAUCACCUCAGGGUCUGGAUGACAGUGAGAUGAUUUCUAAUGAGCAGCUGGAAGCUCAGUACGUGGAAGAUUAUUUCAAUAAGUUCACGCCUCAUGAUGCAUGCUGGGAUCUAGACAAGCGUGGAGGUGUCGGGGAGACACCUUUUCAUCUCUUAUUUUUAAUGGAUACGCCAGUGCAUUUUGAGGUGGCAAGAAUUCUUUUGAGUUUGUACCCAAAUCUAGCCUUGGAUAUUUAUGAGGGAGAUGAAUACUAUGGGGAGAGUGCCUUACAUAUAGCUAUCGUCAUUGGAGACUUUGACCUGGUGAAGAUGUUGGUCAAUGCUGGGGCUCUGGUCAAUCAGAGGGCAACAGGGAGGUUCUUCCUGCCAGAGGAUCAGAAAAAGGGAUACACCGGAAAGACUAAUUAUAAAGGCUAUGCAUACUACGGUGAGUAUUCCCUGGCAUUUGCUGCCUGCCUGGGGAACAAGGACAUCUACGACUACCUUCUAGAUCAUGGGGCUGACCCUGACUUGCAGGAUUCCUUUGGUAACACGGUUCUCCACAUGGUGGUCAUCUCUGAUCAAAGUUGUCAACACAAAAGAGACAUAAAUGCCAAUGACAUGUACAAAUAUGCAGUACGACACCACACACAUCCUGCAAGCACUAUCAUCAGGAACAAACAGAAUCUGACGCCAUUAACCUUGGCCUGUCAACUAGGCAGGCACUCUAUAUUUAAGGAAAUGCUGGAUAUAGAGAGCAUUGAGUUCUGGAGAUUUAGUACCACUAUGUGUUCAGCUCAUCCGCUUCGAACCCUGGACUCUAUAGGACCAGAUGGCAGCACCAACUGGGACUCAGCACUGAUGAUCAUUGUCAAUGGAGAUACCGAUGGCCAUCUAGAGAUGCUGGAAGGUGGGGUGAUGAGGCAGCUGUUGAUAGAGAAAUGGAAAACAUUUGCUCAGAGCUGGUUUCUGAUUCGCCUUAUGUUGGCAACCAUCCACCUUGUAUUGUUCAGCAUUUCUAUCUACACCCGACCAAUGGGAGAAGCUUUGAUUGGCUUCAGAGGGCCUAUAGACACAGUGAGGUAUACUUCAGAAGUAUUAGUGUGUUUAAGCUGCCUUGCCACAAUAUUGUACAAGAUUCAAGAAUUUUGCAUGAGAGGUGGAACUACUGUGUUUAAGAAUUGUGCUCAUUCUCCAGCCCACACAAUGUAUAUAAUGUCCUGCUUGCUUACCUUAGCAUGCAUUCCCUUUCGCUACGCAGGACAAUACGACGUCGAGGACAUUCUACUUAUAGUUGCGGCACCUUGUGGUUGGUCCUUCUUCCUCUUUUUUGCCAGGGGCUAUAAUCUGACAGGCCCCUUUGUCACAAUGAUAUAUAAAAUGAUCAGUGGAGACCUGUUGUGUUUUGGCAUCAUCUACAUCAUUUUCCUUUCUGGGUUUACACAAGGUUUCUUCUUCUUGUUUCAAGGCGUGUCAUCAAAAAGUGUUGAUUCUGAUUUGGCCAAAUUUUCCAGUCUACCAGAAACAAUACUAAGCUUGUUUCAAAUGACCUUAGGAGAGUUCAAG